GGUGAUGCUUGUUGAAAAAGUCUGAUACUUAAGCUGUUUAAAACCAAAAUCAACAAAGGGAAAUAACAGGAAAGAGAGAAAACUCAGUGACGGAGAGGGCAUACAUAAAUGGCUUCAUCUUUGGAAGAGCUUCUUGCAGAAGACGGGUUCAAAGGAAUCAGAAGAGUGCCAAGGUCUAGAUCCUCCUUCCACUAUGGUGCUUCAAGUGAACCUCUUUACUCUAUGGAAGGUAGACUUUCUGUAUCAAGUGAAAGAAUUCGACCGCAGAGACAAAAGUCUGAUGCCUCAAGAUAUCAGAUUACAAGUGGGCAGCUGAAAACCGACACUCACACUGCAAAGAACCGAAGAUCAAGGGAUAAUUUUAUUUUGAGAGGAGAAGUGGAUGAACGGUUGGCGGUUGAAGCCCAGAAGAACUCUUCUCGAGAUACUGAUUCAGAAGCUAGCAGAUAUGAAGAUACUUAUUCAAAAGAAGUGUCUGCAAAAGGAGGCAAAGAAAAGAAUCUCUAUGAACUCGUGGAGGACAGAAACUGGGUGGAAAAGCCUGUCAAGGAUGCAAAGGAGCAAAGCAGAAGUUCCAGCAUGAACAUACGUAGACAUUCGAGCGAAACUGGAAAGAAAAUAAAUCCCCAGAAGAGCUUUGAAUACAUCAGCAGGAACAAAAGUAGAAAUCUUGCCGUGCAAGUAGCUUCUAGUCUUGCCCUUGACGAAGUAGCUGUUCGAGCCGUAGUUUCCAUUCUAAAUGGGUAUAUAAAUCGUUUUCCAAAGGAUGAAGAUUUUCGGUCUACAUUGCAUCACAGAUGUUUCUCCUCCUUGAAUUUUCGUGAAUUGAAAGAAGAGAAAAUUACUCAGACCAAAGUCAUAAGAAGUCUUGAGCAAGCAAUUGAGGCCAUUGAACAAUCCGUGGAAGAACCUGUAUCUGCCAUGCAUCUGAAAAGAACAACGAUGCAGCUUAGUAUUAUUACAGGUUUGGGUUUAAAUGAUUUGAAAUACGAGUGUACGUGUGGGAUUCCGAAUUAUAAGUUGUCAGCAUGUGCUCAUCUUUACCUCAGUGUGGUCUACAUGAUGCAGAAAAAAAAUAAGGUGUCAGCAAAGCAUCUCUUGCAAGUGUUUUGUGAUUCACCCUUUCAGGCACGGACUAUGUUGUUGCCUGAACUAUGGAAGCGUCUAUUUUCUCCACAACUUUCUCAUUUGAAGGCAUGGUACAAGAAGGAAGAAGGAGUUCUAGUAGACACACCAAACAAAACAAGAAGACUAAAACUUCUUCAAGAGGUGUAUAAUGAGCAUUUGGAUUCCGGAACUCAUAUGUUUUCUGUAUAUUACAAAGAUUGGCUUACUGAAGGAGUGGAAUCUCCAACAGUUCCUUCAAUUGGCAUUCCAUCAGUUUCUGUCUCAAGAAGUCAAGAGGGAAGUUCACUUAGUCACUCUUUUGAGUCUGCUAGCUCCAUUGACCCAUUCUCACCACAGCCAAUGGUCAGCAAGAAACUGUAUGAUUCUAUGUUUGGUAGCUUUAGAAGACCAGGAGUUUACCAAGUCAAAGGUGUUAAGGAUGAUGGUAACCAAGACAACAGCAUGAAAGGCUCUUAUGGUUCAACAUUUGUUGAACAUACAUUAACAUAUGAGUCUGAAACUGUUAAAUUUACAGAUCAAGAUAUUGAAGGUUUCUCUCAAGGUGUAGCUAUUGAUACAAUCAAGCCUCACAAAGGAAAUUCAAUGGCAGCUGCAGAAGAAGCAAACAUUGUUGUUGCCCUACCAUACGAGAAAGCAAAUGAACUUGGUCUUAAAAAGCCAAAUAAGACAAGUUAUGCUCUUCAAGGAUCAGAUUUUCCAAGCACUCCACGGGAAUUUAUUUGUUCUCUAACUGGAAAUAUCUUUGAGGAACCGGUAACCUUAGAGACAGGUCAAACCUUUGAAAGAGAGGCCAUCAAAGAAUGGUUUGAAAAGGGAAAUAGAACAUGCCCGGUAACAGGAAUUGCCUUGAAAUGCAUGGCCAUUCCAUUUACCAACCUUAUUUUGAAGCGUUUGAUUGAUAAUUGGAGGUCAGAACGUUUUGAUUGCCUUCUUGGUCUUGCUUCCAAAAGAGUGGAUAAUUCAGAGGAUCUCAAGUUGAAAGAAGGGGAUGAGGGUGCUGUUUUCAAGUUAGAGAGUCUUUUCUCCUCUCUGAAAGAAGAGGAGAAAUCAACUUAUGUUAAGCAUCUCAUGUCUUUAGGAUUUCUUCCAUUUCUUUUUAGAAGGUUUGAACAGGGAAAUGUGGAAGAAAAAUCACAAGUGGUGUCACUCUUGCUAAAUUGUAUUCAAGUAGACUCUGGUUGCAUAUAUAAGAUAGCAAGGAAUGUUAACAGAAACUGUCUUCUCGAGCUUCUUCACAGCAAGGAGGUUACCCCAACAACAAAUGCAAUACUAUUCCUUACUGAACUUUUAUCAAUGAAGAGGAGAAAGGAUGUUACUGCAUUCAUGAGUGGCUUGGCGGGUGAAAAAGUAUUUUAUAUAAUGCAUAUUCUGCUCAUGUAUCUCGAGAAUUCUUCUCCAAUUGAAAAGCCCCUAAUUGCAGUCCUUUUGUUACACUUUGAUCUGCUGGUUGAGCCACAAAAGUUUAGUGCAUACAGAGAGGUGGCUGUGAAUGCCAUUGCAGAGGCACUUGAUAGCAGCUUAAAAGAUGAGAUGGCCCGAGAAAAGUGUUGCAGAGCACUUCUAAUCUUGUGUGGCCAUUUUUCUUCUACCGGAAAGAUACCGACCAAGACUAGCACCUUAAAACAAGCAGGUUAUAAUCAUGAUGGCAUAGAAGUAACCAUUUCAUCGGUAAGACAAAACAUUGUUUAUUCCUGUGAAGAUGAAGACAAAAGGGUUGAAGAGUUGCUGAAGAAGCUGUUAGAGUCGUUGAUUGGUGAUGGAGAAGGCCCAUUUUUGAAGAGCUUAUCGAUAUGUUUAGAUUGUAAGCACCUAGAUUUGGUGAGGGCGUGUCUAAUAACUGUGACAUGGUUGAGUUCUUCACUAUCUACACUAUUUGGUGCUGGAUUGCCUCUUCCCACCUUUUCAUCCAUCAUCUCUCAGUUGAAAGGAAUCUUGGAAAAUGGAGAACUUGAGCUCAAGGCUCUGGCUUCUUUGUCUUUGCUUAAUUUCAGUAAAAUAUCAGAAUGCAAAACGCUUUUGAAGACUAUGGCAGAAGAUGUUGCCCCCCUUUUUCACGGACUUGCUGAGGCACCAUGCACUGCAAAACAACAGCAUGCCACUGUUUCUAGAGAGAAUUUGUAGUAUUCAAGAAACAUAUACUCGUCUCCUCGUUUCUGGAGUUCAAAUUUGGAUGAAUUCCAGUUUUCUUGUUAGAAAAUUUAUGCUGCAUAUAUACACCACACACACAAGUCUUUGGCAGACUCUUUCAAAAAGAAAAUGCCUCAACAUGGUUUAUUUUUAUCUGUAAAAUAUGUAAAUGCAUCUCAUUAGCUUCUUUAUGUUUUAUCCGACUGGAUAACCACGUGAUUUGUGUCGGUUGUGUAGGGAUGUAAAUUUUCGACAAGUUGUGAAUGUGACAUUCUUCACACCAUAAAGAAUGGU